CAUAUUAACCCAAUUAAAAAAAUACCUCAAAAAUGCAUUGAACUUACCCUUUAAUGUGGUCAAAAGUUUACAUAGGGAUUGUCCUCCCAGACCACAAGUGUAUUGGUUAAUUUGUUUUUGUGGUAGUUGCUAAGAUAUAUUCUUACAGAGAUAAGUAUUGUUACUACACAAUGUGUCACUGAAUGCGUUAGUAUAAACAUUAGUAUCUUUAGGAAAUGAUGUAAACUCUAAAUGAUGUUACUACUACUUCAUGUACUUUCGACUUGUAAAGGUAUCCACAACCACAAAAGAGUAGUGCCACAUAGUCAUAGUGAAGAAAGACCACACGGUUUGUGGGAUGACAGUUUUGUGGGACGAUGAUGAGUAUAUGCCCACAUACAGUACCGUAUGAGUACUUGCUCUUAUACGUGUAUAUUCAAUGCAUUAAUUAAAUCAUGUGAAAGUGAUCUAAUAUGGCAUGUACUAUUACACACUUUGUGAAAAAGUAAUUUAAGUGUGGAGAUGUAAGAUGUAAAAGCCAUGCUGUCAUAUCCUCCACUUUUCCUGCAUGGCUUCUGUAAAACUAUAAAAGUAAAAUGUAUCUCUAAGCUUAGUAUUGCAGGAAAAAAAUUUAUACUCUUAAGUGAAAGAUGAAGGGAUAUUUCUUAGCACUUGGAUUCAUUUUACUGCAGUGGGGCUUGAGUGCUAUUGCUGAUACUAGCAGUGAGACAGAGGUUGAAAUCAAUGCAAGAAAAAAUGUAAAUCUGUGGGAAGGAGAUAUCAAGCUACUCCCUGGACAGCGGGCACAAAUUGAGAGGACCAGUGAUUUUGGUGGGCCACAAAAUCUUGUUUUAAAUCACUCGCAUAUCCUGUGGCCUAAUGGUGUUGUCCCUUAUAUUCUUGAUAGCUCUGCUUCAGAUCAUCCAGCAACUGUCAAAGCCAUCAACGAGGCUAUAGAAGAGUUUCAUAAUAAGACGUGCAUUACUUUGGUACCACGAACUAACGAAGCUAAUUACGUGAGAUUUAUCAAAGGAAGAGGCUGCUGGUCUUACGUUGGUAGAAUUCACGGUAGUCAAAAUGUAUCAAUUGGAGAGGGUUGUGAACAUAAAGGUAUCGUCUUGCAUGAGAUAUUCCAUGUCCUUGGACGCUUCCACGAACACAGCAGGCCUGACCGAGACAAGUAUAACCGUAUCAAAGAAUCAGCUCCAUCUCGCAUUGUAACCGUUUCCUCUAGUGCUAAUUAUCGUGGAUCUCUUGAUUUUGAUAACAUGAUGUGGGCCAAUGGUGGCUAUAGUGCAUUAGGGUCUUAUACAAGAAGCAAGCUCGCUAACGUUAUGUUCAGCAGGGAACUGGCCAAGAGACUGGAAGGUACUGGUGUAUCUACUUAUUCACUACAUCCUGGUGUCAUCAAUACUGAGCUGGCACGACACAUUGUUGCUGGCUGGAAAAUUAUAUUUGCUCCUUUGCUAUACACUCUAAUGUGGUUUCUCACAAAGACUCCAAAGCAAGGGGCUCAAACUACACUCCAUUGUGCAGUGUCGGAUGAAGCUGAAGGUAUUACAGGCAAGUACUGGUCUAACUGUGCUGUUAAAAAGCCUAACAAACUGGCUCUUAUUGAUGAAGAUUGCACAAAGCUUUGGGAGUAUAGCACUGAACAAGUCAAACUGUGA